AUGCCGAGGAGAAGGUGGUCGGGUGUUGUGUACAUUGAGAAUGACAUAGAGCGCAAUGUCACCUUCUUCAGGCGACGCUUUGGUCUGUUCAAGGGUCUUGCUGACCUCUCUGCUAUCACAGGUGCAAGGGCUGCUGUCAUCCUGGCGGCAGCCGAUGGGAAAAUGCACUCAUUCGGAACCCCAUCAGCUAACGCUAUUGUUGAUGCCUUCCUGUUAGGAGGUCCACCAGUAAAGUCGUUUGCUGAUGAGGCGACGAAUACCAGGAUUGCAUGGCUGCAGAGCGAGAUGGAUCAUUUGGACAGAGAAAAUCACAUGGAGGAAAAGAGAAAAAAAAUCUCCAUCCAGCGUAUUAAGGAGAUCCAAGAUGAGAACCUAGGCAUGGUGGCAAACCAUCUCUUCUCCAAGAAAGAAGAUCUCAAUCUCGAAGAUCUCAACAAGAUCUUCAAUGGACUCUUGUGUGUUCAGCAAGAUAUGGUGCAUCGUCUACCUCCGCUUCAUGAUGGUCAUGAACAAAUGAUGUGUUCAGGCGUGUCAUUAAACCUCGUACCACCAAGAGUUCAAUCACGGGGGGGCAAUGGGAAUCCUCCUUCAUUGAUGCAUCCAUUGGGGUCUCACAUGCUUCCACAUCAACCAUCAUUGAUUCAACCACAACCAGUGCCGCAUGAAACUUUGGCUCAACCUUUUCCUAUGCAGGCACAAAAAAUGUUGCAGCACACUGAAUUGGCUUCAUCAUCACUAACUCCUGGUCAAGAGCAUGAGUCACCUUCAUUGUUGCAGUUGCCUCUUCGUAACUCUGCAAGUCCUUACAACACAAUGGAGCCACCUCAAAACAAUUCCAGCCCUUUCUCAACCUUUGAGCAUAACAUCCAGGACCCGCCAUUGUUGGUAACUGUUGAAGAUCCAUUUAGCUAUGACCAAUGGGCAUGUCAGCCAUACUACAAGAGAUUCCUAGAGGCAGAAACUUACUCGGGCUAUGAUGGUACUGAUGUAGGGCAAGGUCACAUGGGAAAUGAUGGAUCAACUCAUGCACCAACACAAUUUUCUUGUUGUGGGAAAGAUGAUGAUGGCACAUCUUAAGAGGGACUUUUAUUAGGUUCAAAAUAAGGCUUCCAUUGUAAUGCCAUGUUGACAUAGAUAGCUAGUUAUCUUUUCCAUUAGUUAAAAUAUUUGUCAAUUAGGCUAUUUUGC